AUGCUACAACACCUUUUUUUGGGUUCUAAUAAAUUUUCAUCAAAAUUUCCUUUGAGCCUUUGGAAGAUGAGUGGUCUUCUCUAUCUAAGUGUGUCACAAAAUUCAAUAGAGGGAGAACUUCCAUCAGAUAUUGGAGGACUGAAAGCCAUUAUCAAACUAUAUCUUUACAGUAACCACCUUUCAGGUGUGAUACCGACCAGAUUGGGGGAACUCCAAAACCUGCAGUCUCUUGACCUAUCGAACAACUCAUUUUUUGGCCAAAUUCCAUUAUCCUUUGCCAACUUGAUAAGCUUGGAAUCCUUGGAUUUGCCUUUAAAUGCCUUGUCCGGUACUAUUCCUAAGUCUUUGGAAAAACUCUCAUACCUUAAAAGAAUUAAUGUUUCAUUUAAUGAUUUAGAAGGUGAAAUACCAAGUGGUGGCGUGUUUGCAAUUUCCACUUUGCAAUCAUUUCUCGGGAACAAAGGUCUUUGCGGAAUGCACAUAUUGGAGAUUCCUGCUUGUGCUAUCACUAAUCCUGGAAAACAAUUGAAGCUUAAGGAGGUUCUGCUAAAAAUUGUUACUCCAGUGAUUAUUGCAUCCUUUCUGAUAUUCUUGUUCGUUUCAAUUUGGAUAAUGAAACGACAGAAGAAAGGGAAGUCCAAAGAUUUAGAGAAGGUACCGGAGAUCGGGACUCGUCAAUUAGUUUCUUAUCACGAGAUUCAACGAUCAACAAAUAAUUUUGAUGAAUCCAAUUUAAUUGGUGAGGGAAGCUCUGGCUCUGUGUACCAAGGCACAUUGUUUGGUGGAACUGCAGUGGCCAUUAAGGUUCUGGAUUUGGAAAAUGAGCAAGUAUGCAAGAGGUUUGAUACCGAAUGCGAAGUGAUGAGAAAUGUUAGACACAGAAAUCUUGUUCCAGUGAUUACUACAUGUUCUAGUGACUAUAUAAGAGCCUUUGUUCUGCAAUUUAUGCCCAAUGGGAGUCUUGAGAAUUGGCUGUACAAAGAAGAUCGCCAUUUGAACCUUCAUCAAAGAGUCACUGUAAUGCUUGAUGUAGCUAUGGCAGUUGAAUAUCUACAUCAUGGUCAUGUAACUCCAAUAGUUCAUUGCGACCUAAAGCCAGCCAACAUACUUUUGGAUGAAGAUAUGGUGGCUCAUGUUGGUGAUUUUGGAAUCUCUAAAAUUUUAGCCAUAAGCCAGUCCAUGGCUUAUACAGAGACAUUGGGCACUCUUGGAUACAUUGCACCAGAAUAUGGCUCGGAGGGAAUAGUGUCUGCUUGUGGUGAUGUUUAUAGUUACGGCAUCAUGUUGAUGGAGGUUUUGACCAAAAGAAGGCCAACGGAUGAAGAGAUAUGCAAUGAAAAUCUUGACUUGAGGAAAUGGAUAACACAAUCAUUUUCAGGGAGUAUGAUGGAUGUUGUGGAUGCCAAUCUUUUUUCCGAGGAAGAACAAAUCACUAGUAAAAGUGAAAUCUGCAUAGCGUCCAUGAUAGAAUUGGGUUUAGACUGCACAAAGGAAAUGCCAGAGUCAAGAAUAAGCAUGAAAGAAGUAGUGAAGAGGCUUAACAAAAUCAACAACAUAUUUCUGGAGACAUAGAAGUGAUCAUAAUCUGUUCAGAUGGU